GUUUAAACCACUAGUUGUAAACCUCUCCAGUUUGGAGAUGUUACGGGGUUUAAUCAAGCACAUACAGGUAACUAUACACCUGGAUGCAGAGAAGCACAUUAUGGCCCAGUGCAUUGUUGUAUGAAUGAUACAACUAUUCAGGGGCGAUUUCAAGAUAUGCCAGAUUUAUGUGAAUAAUUGCUGAUAUUUUAUAACCUCAUACAUAUAUGAAUAAGAAUGAUUUUUUACUGAAAUUUUUCGAAUGCGCAAUUUGAUACUUAUUGAAUAGCUAUAUAUUAAUUAAAUGAAUAGUAUAAAAAAUAGUUAAAAUGUUUUAUUAUAAUUUAAAGUUUAUAUGAUGAUGUACAAAUGGUUUUAUCAGCAAAAGGUUUUAUUAAAGCAUAAAGUUUAUAACAUGAUGUACAAAUGGAUUUGAUUUGUAAUUCAUAUUGAUUGCCACACUACUGCAGUAUGCCAUAAUUCGCAGUACACCUUUUUGGGGGUCUGUACUUAUUUCUAUAUUUUGAUUCAGUGCCAAAUGUUUUUAUGUUAUGUUUUUAAGCAUAAUGUCAAAGUUUGUCAAACUUUCAGGAUUUGUAAUUUUAUUCAAUUGUGCAAACUGUGGUAGGUUUAUCAAAUUAUUGAUUGAUUUUGAUUUUCUUUGUAUUUUGAAAGUUAACUUGAUUAUGAUUAGAAUGGACAAUCAAAAAGUUGAGAUUCACAAUAAACACAGAUGAGAGUAAAAUAUAGGUAAUUGGUGUAAUUAAAUAAACUUAACAUCUGAAAUAUAGGAUUCAAACCGCAAUCUCACUGGUGUAGUUGGUAAGACACUGGUUUGAAUCCCCCCACGAAAAAUAUGCCUGUGUUUUAUUUAUCUGAAGAGUGCUUGAGUAGUAUACAGUGCUAACAAUAACAAACACAUCUGUGUCAGGGUCAAACCCAAACUAUUAUUCUUUAUCCCUGUUGCAAAUUCAUCAUCUAUUAAUAUCAAACUGAUUGUAUACAUGUAGAUCUUCCUGUCCACCCAUAGAACCUUGACCCUUCAUGCUUGACAACCUGUUUGUACUUGUACAUGUACAUACUCACACAAACACAGGCUAAGGGUGAAUGGAUAUGUGUCACUGGUUAUUCAGCUUAGCUGAGUCAGUAAGUGAAAUGGUCAGAUGUGCAUGUAAUAUUAUUUGCACUGUAAGCAGGUCGGGUUAAGGUCUACUAAUGGGACAUUUAGGUGUGUUUAAGUGAAGUCGCUGUAAACAUAUAUGUUCAUUAUCAUAAUGGCAGACAUAUACGACUGCAUUGUAAUAGGUGCUGGUGUUUUGGGGUCCAGCUCGGCUUACCAGCUUUCAAAAGAUGGGUAUAAAGUGUUACUUUUGGACCAGUUUACAUUACCCCAUAGUCGAGGCAGUUCACAUGGUGCAGUGCGUAUCAUCUGCUACCCGUAUACAGACCCAAGGCUUCAAGCUGCAAUGCCCGAACAGCAUCAGAUGUGGUCUCAGCUAGAAAAAGAAUUGUCUACAACCUUGACUCAUGAGGCUCCUUGCUUAAUCGUUACUACUUCACGGAACAAAUUGUAUACUUCUACCCUUAACGGCGCCAAACUGGCUGGUUACCCUUGUACGGAGUUCAGCCAAGAUCAAUUCAGAGAAAACUACACAGAAUUGAACUUCCCCGGAUGUUGUGCUUUCAGACAUGAUUUACGGAUAAUAGAUGCACAUAAGGCUGUGCAGGGCCUGCAGAAUCAAUUUGUGAAAAACAGAGGAACUCUUCUUGAUGGAGAGAAAGUUAUGAGAAUCGAUCCAGGUAGACUAGUGACAGUCCACACCAGCAAUGGUCACCAGUUCAAAGCUCAAGGAGUUGUGUUAACAGCAGGACUGUGGGCUUCCAAACUGUUGAAACCCCUAGGGCUGGAUCUUCCUCUGAAGACUUGGAGAGUAAAUGUGUGUUAUUUCAGGGAGAAAGAACCAGGUUCUUUGAAAAACAUGCCUUUUUUAAGGUAUGCUUCUGAGCUUGAUAUUGAAAGCUAUUCACGACUUGUAGCCUUUCCAAGUCGAGAGUAUCCAGGACUUGUCAAGCUCAAUUACCAUGUGCUCUGGAAUGAAGUUGACCCCGAUUGCAGGGACAAGGGAAUGGGGAUGAGGCAAGUGGACAUCGAAGAAAUGAAAAAGUUUGUACGCAGUCACAUUCCAGGUUUGGAGCGUGAGCCAGCCAUCGUUGAACCCUGCAUGUACACGUGCACACCCAAUGAAACACCAAUCAUCGGAAGCCAUCCAUUACAUCCAAACAUUGCCAUUGCCUGUGGCAUGUCAGGCAUUGGAUUCAAAAUGGCUCCCCUUGCUGGCAAGGUGUUGGGAGAGAUGGCGAUGGGAAAACCACCAAGCUUUGACACAAGCCUCUUAGGUGUAGAGCAAAAUAUGCAAAAGAUCGCCAAAGCUUCUGAUGACAAGACAAGUUUUCCAGAGCUCAAUGAUACCGAUCUAGAGAAGUAUAAGAUGAAGUGAUCCAAUCGGAGGUGGUCAAAUCAUCAGUUAUAGUGCCGUCUAGAUUGUCAGAUCAUCAGUCAUAGUGGCUGCCUAUCACAUAGAGCUGAAGUGAUGUCUCAAGCUGUUGCUACUAAAAGCCAUGUUUCCAGCAAUCUGCGUUAUAACAACU